AAUCAGAGGAAAGGCCUGAGACGACAUGUGUGAAAAUAUAAUAGGUAUUUAAUAUUUAUUAUUUAGUUUCAUGUACAAUAUUAAAAUUAAAAAUUUAAGACGAGUAUUUAAACUAAAGGUGCUUAAGUGUAUUUUAAAUCGUAGUAUCAUAUCAGAAGUUUGGACUGCGUUUAUUCUUUAUAAUGUCAAUUAUAUCAUUUAAAGGAUUUAGUUAUGCUGGUAAAAUAAUUAAAGUACCGAUUAUUCAGUGUUUUCUAGCACGAAAUGCAUCCAUUAAAAAUGAAGUACAAGACAUUGAUAUUAUAACAACCACGACGGAAAAUAAACUGUCGGAAAAGGAAGUGAAUGCAAUUUGUGACAAAUCUCGCUUAAACCAUGGCCAUCGCAAUAUGAUAAAUGGCCAAUUACCUUAUGAUAAACCUGUGCAUAGAUACCACAACACAGUAAAAUACAAAAGAAGAAUGUAUGGCCGUUAUGGUGAUGCCAGUAAUGUCUAUCCAGGCUUGGCAUGGCCAACACCAGAAGAUUUAGAGGAUAUAAAAGAGUAUGAAAGUGUAGCUUAUCCUUUGACCAUUCAGGAAAUGCAACAAAAUGCAAUGAAGAUUAUAGAACGUGAACGUCAAGAAAUUCAAAUGAAUCAACAAAAAAUUGAUAACAAUAUGAAAAAAUUAAACGGUUGGUUAAAUGAAGUCAAAGAAAAGUCAGCAAAAAAAUUACUCGAGGCGCAACAAGCUAAAGAAAAGAAAGAAAAACUCAUUGAAGAAGUGAAAAAACAUUUUGGGUAUAAGAUAGAUCCAAAAGAUGAUAGAUUUAAAGAAAUGCUGGUCAAAAGGGAAAAAGAAGAAAAAAAGAAAGUCAGAGAAGAAAAGAAAAAAGUUCGCGAAGAAAAACUUCUAAAUUAUUUGGAUUCAAAAGCAAAAUAGAUAAAAAAAAUUAUUUUUUAAUAUUAUAAAUGUAAAUAAAAAUAUACAAAUUAAAUAGGUAA